GAGAAAUAAAGAGAGAGAGAUAGAGAGAGAGAGAGGGGUUUUGCUUCAAUUUUCAAAAUUCAAUAGUUAAACUGAUUUCUUGGAAUGGAAAUCCAUGCUACACCAUUUCCAGGUAAAUCUCGACCCUUGAAAUCGAAAACCAACAGAAGAAUCACAGAAGCACCAAAAAUCAAUGCAAGAGAACCACCCAUUCACAGGCAAAAGCGAAUCUUCGGUACCAUUCGAAACCCUAACGUACCAGCAAAGACAGCCACCGAAAAGCCUAAAACAAAACCCUCAAUUGGGAUUUCCCAAAAACAACCCAAAUUAGCCCAAACCACAGCCAAUGUAGAAACCAAGUCUGCGGAAAAGAAAUCCCCUGAGAAAAACAGAGCAGAACCCAAGAAGAAAAGUGUGUGUUUUCAACAGAAUGUCGUGGAAAACCCAGCAAAGGUUUCUCCGGAGGGAGGUACUGUCGGGCCUCAGACUCCGGUGAGGUCACCGUGUUUGAUCAAGACCAGAGGUUCAGGAACGCCUUACCACAGUGCGGAGAAAUGUAGCAAGUGCAGGUUUGAUAGGCUCGAGACUUCGUCUUAUUGGCUUGCUCAGAUCAAAUUGGCGGAGUCUGUGGGCAAGCAUUUUGUCUCUGCUGCAUUCUUUCGACUCGCCUUUGAAUCUAAAGCUGAGCCCAUUCGAAGUCUUCGUGUCGAGCUUAAACGAUAUAUGGCACGACAUGAGUACUUAUCUACAGAGCUGGAGUGGACAGAGGUGUCUCGAAGCUAUGGGCUAAUAAGGGAUGAAAGCAAUGCAGAAGGGGUGGUGGAUUCGGGUGGUGUAAAAGGCGGCAAGAGUGAUGCUGCCGGUAGUGCUGUUGAUCAAGAACACGAGGAUUUGAAGGAACAGCCAUUGGAGCAAUCUGAAGCCGAAAAGGAUUGAAUCGACUUCAUCAAAAUCUGUUGAUAAAGAAGUCAUUUCUGUGAAGUCCAAAACUGAAAAUUAUUUUUGGAGCUCUUCCAAUUGUGGUUGUUUUUACCCUGUAUUUGUUUGGGCCUUUUGUUUAGUUUCCUUUUGUAAUGAAUUGCAAUAUGAAGUGUUUUCGGUGUGUUUGAUUUAGCGCUUUGGUGUGUAAAGUCAAUAUAUUUAUUAGAACAAGAAAAUUCAAUGUGAAAAUUCAAUGCCUCUGUUAUUUCUCUGAAA